UUAGGGCCUGAGGGCAUCUCUGGUGGACCUAUUAGUAGGAAGCAGACGCUUAGCAUUGAGUUAGAUAUCCCUCUAGAUCCUGUUGUUGAGGAAGUUGAGGACAGCAAAGACGAUGGGAUAGAUGAGAGUGCUGACAACGCGUUACAGCAGACGCAAGCCACGUCUGAGCGCCUUUCUGCAUCAGCUCACAACAUGCAACAGACAAGCUUACUUGAGCUGUUCUAUCCUAUAGAGCAAGAGUAG